AUGGAGUAUUGGGAUCACGAGGGUUUAAGUAGAAUUGCUAGUAAGAUAGGUGUUCCUUUGUUUAUGGAUCAUCUAACUUCUACUGGGACUAGAGUUUCUUUUGCAAGGGUGUGUGUAGAGGUUGAUGUGACCUCUGAGCUGCCACAUCAAUUUUUUUUGAGAUGUGAGGAUGAGGUUGUUGAAAUCAAGGUGGAAUAUCAAGGACUUCCAGCUAAAUGUGAACAUUGUAGAGUCUUUGGCCAUGACACAAAGAAAUGUGUGACUGCCCAAGUGGAGAAAUUAACCCAAAUGCAAAAGGUGACAGGAGUGGCAAUUGAAGAUGAGUGGCAACAUGUCAAAGAUAAGGGGAAAAAAAAGGUUAGAGUACCUGAGGGAGAUGUACAAACAGUGGAGCACACACCCCUCCCUCCAGUGGAGACUGCUGCUAAAGUAGUUCUGGAAGAGGGUCUAAACCAUGUUGAUGACCCACUACAACUGUUGCAUAAGGAAAUUCAGGGACUUGCAAGUGCCCUUAAUACUGUGGCUGAGGCACCAUUUGGGCUUGAGGAACCAGUGGAUGAAGUAGACACUGAAGAGGAAAUGUUGGCUGCUAUGGUGGACAAACUAUCAACUCCAAGGAAGAAAGCUAGGCAACAAGGUGAAACAUCACGGCAGAACUCCUCUGGUAAAUCUAGUAGCCAGAGGAAGAAGAAGAAAGGGUUUAAUGAAUCCUCUAAACAUAAAGAAGUGAGGAAUUUUGUGGUUAAAAAUGAUAUUAAAGUCAUGAGUCUUUUGGAACUCAAAAUAAAAUCCUCAAAUGAAAAGGAAAUUUUUGGAAAAGUUUUCUCAAACUGGGGUUUUUUGUCUAAUGCACUAACUGAUUCAAAAGCUACAGUGUGGGUCUGCUGGGAUCCUAAUUUUUGUGAUAUCCAAUGUUUAAAAAUGUCUAAUCAGUAUAUGUUUUGCAAAAUCACUUUGUUAGAGGGGGAUAUAACAUUUUUUGGGACUUUUGUGUAUGAUGACAAUAAACAUGUUUUAAGGGUUCUUCUCUUUAAAGAUAUUCUAGAUCUCCUUGUCCAGAGUAUUUCCUCUCCUUUUGUUUGCAUGGGGGACUUUAAUGUUAUCAGAUGUCCUUCCGAAAAAGUGGGUGGGACUAUCUCUUGGUCUGGGGCCAAGGAGGAAUUUAAUAAGUGUAUUCAAAGUUCUGAUCUCACUAAUCUCUUUUAUAUUGGCUGCCAAUUUACUUGGGCCAAUAAGAGAGGGGAUGGUGCUUUUAUUGCUUCGAAGCUUAACAGAGUCCUUGUUAAUGAAACUUGGCUAACCAAAUUUCCUCACUCUUGUGCCAGUUUUUUGCCUUCAAGUAUCUCUGACCAUUCUCCCGGGUUGCUUGAUAUUGAUCCUAAUGUUAAGAGUCUUAUAAAACCCUUUAAAUUUUUUGAUUUUUGGGGUGACCAUGAAGAUUUUGUGCCUAGUGUUUCUGGGGUUUGGUGUAAGUAUAUUAGGGGUUCGCCUAUGUUUAGGAUCUGCCAGAAGCUUAAGGCUCUGAAACCUAUCUUGAAAGAUAUGAAUAAAAAAGAGUAUAGUGAGAUAUCGACUAGGGUUACUCAUGCUAAGGCUAGUCUUGAGAGUGCUCAGAUUAAGCUUGAUAAGGACCCUUUGAAUACUGUUGAGGAGGGUUUUGCCCACCAGAAAUCCAGAGUUCAGUGGCUUGGCCUUGGGGAUAGGAAUUCUAGGUUCUUCUUUAGAUCUAUUAAAGGGAAUAUCAAUAGAAACAAAAUCCAUUGUGUCACUUUGUCUUCUGGGGAGAAAUUGUCUAAGGCUAAAGAUGUUUGUAGGUCUUUUGUUAAAAAUUUCACUGACAUCUUUGGUACAAAGUUUAAUGAUACUUAUAAUGGGCUGGAGAGGUUACAUGGCCUUGUGAACAAGAAAGUAUCCCCUGAUCAGUUUGUGAUGCUAUCUAAGGAGGUCACUGAUACUGAGAUUAAGGAUACUUUUUGGUCCCUUAAAGCCAAUAAGGCUCCUGGUCCUGAUGGCUACCCUACUAGCUUUUUUAGGAAAGCCUGGGAUGUGGUUGGAAAUGAUGUGGUGGCUGCCAUAAAAUCUUUUUUCACUUCUGGGGAGCUUCUUCAGGAGGUUAACAACACCAUUAUUGCUUUAGUGCCUAAAGUCCCUAACCCCUCUAAAGUUGGGGAUUAUAGGCCUAUAUCUUGUUAUAAUACCAUCUAUUAG